AUGUAACGAGAUCAAAUUAAUUUCUCUUAUUUAAAGAGAUUGUUUCCAACUCUAGAAUAGAUAUUGUAUACUGGCAAAUUUACUAGUUUAAAUGAGUUUGAUAAAUGCACAUAAUUAUGGCAUUAAGCUGGAUUUCAAGGACCAUUCUUCUUAAUAAAAUUAAGUGAUCAAUUUGUUUUCAUUAUACUUAAUUAAAACUCAACUUAAGAUUUCAUAAGGACAAUAAAAAAAGGAUUAACAUUUGAAUUGAAUAAAAGAACAUAAUGGUUUUAUUUUAAUUUUUAAGAUGAAUAAUAAAAGGUGUUUAAUAUAUGGUUCUAAGAGUAGUAAGAUUUUGAAAAUUUUAAGAUAUGUAUAGAAAAGAUCAUUAAAUGAAAAUUCAUGAUUUGUAUUUUAUUCUCUUACUAAUCUAUUUUAAAUAAUUUAUUCAUAUGCAGAUUGAAACAUCAGAUUAAUAAUUUGAGGAAAUAUAUUAAAGUUUAUGCAAAGAUGAUAGAUUUUGUUUAGAUCUUCGAGUUUAAUUUGAAAAGAUUUUAAAAGUAGAGAUGGAUAGAUGUCAGGCAUAUCAUGAAUUUUCUGAAUUUUUAUGUGGCAUUGCUAAAGAACCAUUUAAAGAGACACCAGCAUUAAUGGAUAUGCUUGAUGAAUUAAAAACAGCAUUAUAAGAAGUUAAUUCAAAGAUUAAAGAUAGGAUAAAUGAUGAUUAAGACAAAGGUCUUAUUAAAUUGAUAAGGACUAAGAUAAUUCCAAGCUUAACAGAUGGUUAAAGAGCUGUAGAAACUCAAAAGAAAGCAUUAGCAGAAUAUAAAGAAAAAGCAGCUAUCUAUAAAAAAUUAGAAUAAAAGAAAAACGACCUGUUGUAAAAAAAUGAUGAAAAACUAUUAUAAUUAGAAAAAUAAUUAUAAGAAGCAAAGAGAGAGAAAUUAGAGAAAGGUUAGACUUUCAAUUUUACUUAUAAAAAUUAUGUAGAAGAUAAAAAUGAUGAAUUAAAGGGAUUAUUCAAACAUUUCUUUAAUAGAUUAUUAUUGAUCUCAUCUGCUGGUUUACAAUAUUAUUCAAUGGCCAUUCAUAAAAUACAUACUUCUGAUGAAAAACAUGAAGUUUAAAUAAGAUUGAGUAAAUUAGGUAUUAUAAAAUAGAAAAAAUAAUGAUUGAUUUAAUUAAUGUUUGUAUAUCUAUUAUUUAUAUUCUCAAUUGUAUCAUCAACUUAUAUUGAUGUAGUAACUAAAUGCAUUUGUGAAGAAUUACUCUUAGAAAAUGAUUGUAAUAUUGUAAAUUAUUGUUAUUGGGAUUAAAACAAAUGCAUAGAUAUAGAAGAUUGUACAAUAGAAUCACCUGUUGAUUGUCCAUAUGAUAUAAAGUGUGCCUAUGUAGAUGGAAAAUGUACUAAAUUUACUAGUUGUGAUAAAUAUAUUGGUGAUAAAAGUACAUGUGAAGCAAUUUCUAUAAAAUGUACAUCAUUAGAUGGAAAUAAAUGUUAAAAUAAGGUUAUUCCAAGUUGUUCUGAAUUUGAUGAAGAAAAUUGUAAUUAUUCAGAAGGAAAUGAAGGAGAAUGUGGAUUUAUAGAUGAUAAAUGUUAGGUUGUUAAAUAAUGUAGCGAUAUUGAUUUGAUUAAAGGAGAAUUUUAAAUAAUGAAAUGUGUUUCUAAUAUUCAUUCAUGCAAAGUAUCCAACUCUAAAUGUGUCUAAAAGAAAUGUUCAGAUCUCUUAGAUUAAAGUAGUUGUUAAUAUAUUCAUUAAUAUGAUCCAUUUGAUAAACCUUCAUCUAUCUAAAUAUGUAAAUGGUAAGAUGCUCAUUGUGUUGAUGCAAUGCCAAAUGAUUUAAAUGAAUCCAAUUGUUUUAUUGAUACCAUAUAUUCAUAUCUAUGGAAUCCUAAUUCAAAGACUUGUUAAAAGUGUAAUGGACCUCCUAAUCCAAAUCCUCCAGAUAAUUUUGAACUAAUCAUGAAGGUUGCCAUAAUGAUAUUUGUAAUUUCAUAAUGA